UUCAAGGGUAAAAUUGACAAUAUUUCGUAAUAUAUUACAGAUAUUUAAUCUCAAAUCUCAAACGAAUCAAAACUCGUCUACAAGUCUCGCAAAUUGGAUUCACUCCGACAUAUCAUUUAUCGAGAAUUAUAUUUCGUAUAAAAAUUUCAGCAAAACUCAUACAUUGUUCACAAACACGGUUUUGUCUCACAAUAAUCAUGUCGACUAAAAAACCUUCGAUUGGACUCCUCAUCAUUAGAUGCCUGGUUGUGGUGUACGAUGUGAUCACUUUCCCCAUAUAUUUCCUAAUCCAGAAGCCAUGGGAACGGGUGGCCCGUAACGAGAAGGUCCGCUGCAGGCGCGAAGACCCCAACGAUUAUCACUCGCCUUAUGUGAGAGUUUGCGAUCCGGUCCACCAUUAUGUCAAAGAUUGCAAAACAAUACCAGAAGUGCAGCGAAAGUCCCUUUUGAUGAACGGAAGGGACGCACCGGCCCUCGGGUUUAGGGAGAUAUUAGGCGAAGAGCAAGAGAAACAACCGAAUGGAAAGGUAUUGAGGAAAUGGAGACUAACUGACUAUCAGUGGAUUACUAUUGGCGAAGUGGAUGAUCGCAUUGGGGUUAUCGCUCGUGGAUUACUCGCCAAUGGAGUGAAACCCAAAGAUAAUGUCCUCAUAUUUGCCGAAACAAGACUUGAGUGGUUUCUGAGCGCUCAGGCAAUCGCACGAAUCGGUGCCUCAAUUGCCACACUUUACGCACUAUUAGGAGAUGAGGGCAUAAUUCAUGGCAUUAACGAGACUGAAGUCACACAUAUUAUAACGACACAAGACUUGUUGCCAAAACUUAUUAAACUCAAACCCAAAAUACCUUUAGUGACGACAGUUAUAUACAUUGAAAGCUUCAAAGAGCUCACAACCGAUGGAUUUGGUCCUGAGAUUCAAUUGAUUCCGUUUAAGCGAGUGGUUAGCGAUGGAAAGGCAGCCCCGGAGACACUGACUGGAGUGGAGCCUAAGCCCGACGACACGGCUGUCAUACUCUAUACUUCUGGAUCGACGGGAACACCGAAAGGAGUUGUAUUGACGCACAAGAACUUCAUGUCUUCGGUUUCAUCACUGCUUUCCAUUCUGAACGACACUAUCAUAAACGAGGCGGAAAAGCACCGGUAUAUGGCGUACCUGCCAUUAGCCCACUCACUGGAGUUCGUGGCCGAGACCUUCUUCUUCUCGGUGGGCGUGCGUAUGGGUUAUGGGACGCCAUUCACGCUAACAGACCAAGGUACUUCCAUCAGACGGGGCGAUAAGGGGGACCUGACUCUCCUCCAACCCACGGUUAUGUCGGCCGUACCCCUCAUUUUGGACAGAAUUCGCAAAACUAUUGAAGACACCGUCGAAAAGAGGGGCAACUUUUCCAAAGAGCUAUUCGACUACGCCUUGGAGUACAAGUCCUAUUGGGACAGUAGGGGUUACGCCACUCCCAUCAUCAAUAAGUUUGUCUGCGGCAGUAUUAGAUCCCAAGUGGGCGGGAAGUUGCAGAUAAUGGUGGUCGGGGGCGCACCUCUCAGUCCCGAGACGCAGAGGAUAAUGAAGGCGGCGCUCAAUAUUAAGUUACUUCAGGGCUUCGGAUCGACGGAAACGUGUGCCGCGACUGCAGUGACGGACUUCGAUGAGAUGACGUGCGGCCGCAUCGGUGCUCCCCUUCAUGGCUGCAAAAUAAAGCUCAGGGAUUGGGAAGAGGGAGGCUAUAGAGCCACUGAUAAGCCGUACCCCAGAGGGGAGUUGAUAGUCGGCGGAGACUUCAUCGCAAAGGGUUACUACAAAUUGGAUAAACAAACGGCUGAGGAGUUUGAGGACUCGGAUGGCAUCCGUUGGUUCCAUAUGGGAGACAUCGGCGAAGUGGAUGAGAGGGGAGUGUUCAGGAUAAUUGACCGCAAAAAGGAUCUGGUCAAACUGCAAUUUGGAGAAUAUAUUUCACUCGGAAAAGUGAGUUAUUUAUCAAAACUAUUUUGAU